AUGGCGGGCGAGGCGGAGGGCGGGAUGGAGUUCCUCACGGGAGUCAGGGAGGGCUUCUCGGAGGAGGUGGCUUUUCAAAUGGGUUUUGGCGAAACAGAAACAGACUCGAGGAGUGACCCCAUCGCCUGGCUGAUGUGCCAGAACCUUCGCGGGCCCCACCUGGCGCGCCCACGGCCCCCCUCCGGCCCUGACAUCCGCAGAGCUCGGAUUGACGGAGCUGGCCCGCGCGCCGGCGGCCAAGCCAACACAAGCAUCGUCCGGCAGCCUCUGCGCUCGGAACGAGACACCGGGGCGCCCGGGCGCGCGCGCGGGGCCGAGUUCCAGGGACUUCGGGGAGCCCCCACCCCGCCCCCGCCCCCGCCACCGCCUCUCUGCAGCCCGGCCCGGGUCCUGCACCUGCCCCUGCCCCUGCGGCGGGGCCCGGCCCGAAGCCCCAGCCGUCGGGGGACCAGGCACCGGGGCACCGAUCAGGACCGUGUUGCAACCGGAUUUGGCAAAAUGACCGGCAGAUCCGCCCAGGAACCCGGAGGCGUUUGGAUCUCCAUCUUCGAUGGCGUCCCUCCGACGUUGAAGGGAGAUGCUUUGACCCCAGAGAGGAGGGUCUCCAUUGGGUCUGAAACCUGGAUGUGGCUCAGGGAAGAAACGCAGUUUGAGGCCCAAUCUCCGGAGCUCAGGUGACCGCAGUGUCUCCCGCCAGCUGCACCGAGAGGCAAACCGGGAGCGAGAACAGGCCAGCGAAGCCGCCAGCUCUGUAGACGCGGAUGCACCUGAAGUUAAUGACAGCCAAGAGGUGUCGGCGAGAGGAGCCUGGAGAAUACAUUCACUUAGGGUAUUUCUAAAGGUCGUUCUCACGGUAUGUUUUUUUGGGGGGAAUAUCCUCUCGAAAAUGAUUUUAGUAAAACAAACAAACAAAAACAAACGAGGCAUCCAAGUAGUU